AUGGCGUCAGAAAGGCCAUCUGGUGAAAGCGAGCAAAAAUGCUCUCCCGCAGAGCUCUUGUUCAAGGUGGUCCUUGCUGGCACAUUGAGCCACUAUGAGACUCGGGGCAUGAUUGAGGAGAAACAGCUGGAAUCAAUGUUGGCUGCGGGAAAGAAGAUUGUGUCCAAAACCCGGAAUGAGAUGGAUGUCAGACAGAGCCUAGCGCUUUCGCCAGACAUUUGGCAAGGGCUCACCGAUGUUUUCACCAAAGCUAUCCCGAUCCUCGAGGCACAAUCAUUUUCCUGGAAAACCCCGCCGGUUUCUGCUUACGAGCAAUCAUCUGCGAAUAUAAUAGCAUACAACUACUUUAGUUUGGUCAAAGAUAUUGAACGAUUGCGCGAUUUAUGUACCAUUGCUCGAAACCUACUUGCAACGACCAACAGAGCACAAAACCUCGCGGCAGAGAAAGGAUUUGAUCAUCGAAUGCUAGUCUUGAUCGAUACCUGUGUGAGGGUCACCGCACGGGGCUUUGAUGGAGAGGCCAAUGCGAGAAACGAGGAACGGUGGCAAAAAGUGGUCAACCUCUAUAAGAACUUAUUGAUCAUUUGCCUACAAUUCUUAAAUAAUUUUAUGAUGCAAAAUGAACAACGCAAGCUUGUGCUCUGGUUGGAUCUGUUUGGAUACCACUCAAAUGGCGAUUACAAGGCUAUCGUGCCCAUGGGACCGCUAGACCCGGCAAGCCCUGCACCGCAGGGCCUUGCUCCGAUUGUGCGGACUGGUGAGCGAAUAAUAGGGUCGCUAAGGGGCGAACAGACGGCGGAAGAUCUGUUAAUUGAAACCAUUUCAAGUUUCCCCAGGGAGCCCGCCAAUAUAAAGGAAGAGGCGGCCAUGCUGUUGCUCGCGCAAAUCAAGGAUCACAUGGAGAAGUUGCUUGGACGAGAUUUAAGAGAGAUUCAAGAAAUGGGCAAGGAUCCCGAGCAGGUCAAGGAGAUACGGACCGCUCUGACGGCUAUUCUCGGCCAUAAGGCGGAUGAGAUGAAAAACCUGAAGGGACGAACGCAAGAUGCCGCCGAGUCUGAUGAAGAGACGAGAAGACAACCGAUUUUGUUGAUCGACCGAAGUCCCUGUGUAGGCUACACGCGCUUAGCUUGGGCAGACUUUCCAGAUUUCGAAAGAUUCAAGUCAAUCACAUCUGAUGCACCUUUGACUGAGGAAGAAACUAGCAUGCCACGGUCCUAUCAAUCGGGAGCCGAUGCGUUGCAGAUAGCAAAGGAGGAAUUGAUGGCACGUGCACAGGAAGCUUCACAAGGCCUCGGAGAAUAUAUUCCACUUGUGUUAGGACCAGCGGAGAUAGAAGCGCUCCCGAUGAUAAUCAAAGCUGGAAUUAUCGAUACCCCAGCGGUGAAAGGCGCAGAGCGAGAUGUGAUCAACAAUAUGCAAGCGAUACGCUGUCACAUACUGCUAACACAAGACCUGGGUCGCAAUUUACUUCGAGAACUGCUUAUUUUUAUCGCUGCUUGGGACUUGCCAGAUGACGAAGUGUAUUUUCAAUUCAUGGUGCAGAUCAUGGAGGCAAUCCUCAAGAACGGAUUGAUGUCUCACGCAUAUGCAGAUUUUGGCCAGCAAAAGGAUAUUAUCUCGCCGGCACAGGCUGUAGUGAUCAAAAUCUUGACUCACAUCUUCCGGAAUAAAUACUCGCCGGCCUCUUCCAAUGACGGCCAGUCUAAUGAGACAAAACAACCCCCGCCACUAGCACGAGUGGACGUGCUCACAGUGCGGUAUAUCUUUUCCAUAUUCCGAGGCACCAUUAUACCAGAGACGUGCGGUCUCAUUUACCUCCAAGGUCAGAUACGCGCAAACAAAGCGCUUCCUGAAGAUUUCCCUCUAAACCUAUGGGAUAUGGAACGAGUUUACGAGGGGGUUUAUCAAUUCCUUGAAUUUUUCGCAGUAUUAACAGAGAAUAAUUAUUGGAAGAACUUGAUUGUUAAAUGGGAGAUCGUUUAUGAUCUCGUCACAUUGAUCAAAGAAUUGGACGCAAACAUCCCCAAGGGACCUCUAAGCGCGAUGGUCACCACACAUCCAACAGGGUCGACAAGUGGAACGACAGCGACGGGCAAUAACCACAGUUCCUCCUCUCCUCAAGAUCAGCCAGCGCAACCCGUGGCCGUGGAACGUCCAUACGACCCGACAGAUGUCGACCCCGUGGACGAGAAUAUCGACGACACUGGCUCUCGAGCCGAAUCGCCACCCAUCACGGAAGAUCCAUGUGAAUUUGAAUGGCGCAAUCUCAAGAAACUCAUCGUCCUGGUUCUGUCGUCUCUCGUAUGGCGAUGUCCCGAAGUCCAGAACCAGAUUCGUAAACACGGCGGUGUCGAAGCUAUCCUGUCUUGCACCAGCUUUGAUGCACACAACCCUUACAUGAAGGAGCAUGCUGUUAUGUGUCUAAAGUUCCUGCUCGAGAACAAUAAAGAGAACCAGAAAAUAGUCGAAGAACUUGAGGCAAGAGAGGUUGUUCGAGAUGAGAGUGGUGUUCUGUCCAAGACGGGACAUGAAGCCAUUAUUGAUAGCGUGGGAAAGCUAUCUAUCCAGAAAAAAGCCAACGGCUCUUCUUCGGAUUUGCCAACGACCGCAAAUCGAGUGGAGGAAGUAUUGGAUGAGUGA